GCUAAAUUCUGUGUUUUAGUUAUCUACCUUUGAAUACACAUAAAAUUAAGUUUUGUGAAAUCGUAAAAUAAUAUUAUUCCACGAUACUUUGAGUUCUCACUUUCUAAAGUCAUGGAGGGGGCCACCCCCGACAUUCCUCGUCGGACGCGUGCUGCUCUCGCUGAAAUCCCUGCUCGCAUGGAUCGUCUUCGGAUGACUCCUCUUCAAGCCAUCACUGUAAACACCAGGGAGGUGUCACCUGGCCUACCUACGGGGUACUUGAGUCCAGCACCAUCUCCUGAUGAACAACUCAUACAACAAAGAGGUAGAAAGCGUGCUCCAGUAAACUGGUCCCCCGACAUUGACACAAAGCGCAACUCCACUUUUCAUUCAGCGGUUCGUACGCCUCCAAGAGAGGGCUCCAGUCGCAGUUCUCCCCCGAAACUCGGUGUGACAUUACGUUCAACCCCUCGUAAGCGUUUAUUACUGGACGAAGAACGCGUUCCUAUAACUCCCGAGAAAAUAGACUUCAGUGACCUAAGUACGCCGCAAAAGUUCAAAAUCACCUCCCCAGUCAAAUCUACUCCACCAAUAAAACGCUGCCGUCUUGAGAAACUUCUCGAUCCCGAUUACAAAGGUCCGAUUGAUACACCCCUUAAAGGCCUCAGUCCCACCCAAUUGAUUAACAUUAUCAAAAAAAUUGCCCACAAACAUCCCGAGCUCGACGAGGAGAUUCGGAGUGAGAUGCCGCUUCCCGAUCUCUCGCCGUUAGAAGAAAGACUGAACUAUUUGAAAUCAAACAUAUUUAAGAGUCUCCCAACAUCGAGACUGACUUCUAAAACUGAUUCACCAGCGUUUUCUAGGGUCGCAACGCAUCUUGCCGCGUUCAAAAAGUGUUUGGUCGACCAGGGGAAAACGUUGAUAGAGUCCCAGCAUUGGGAAUCUGUUCUUCAAUAUGUCUUUUUAGCGUGGAGCUAUGUCAGGGCCACCCCGGUGUGGGACAAUCAGCCACACAAUGUUCAAAGGAAGCAGUGCUUUAGGGCUUUGUCAAACUUUUGUAUGACGGCCCUAAAGAAGGGUGUCUUCACGUCUGAUGUACUAAUCAAUCUUCAGGACAAAUUGCAGUCCAUGGAGGCUGACAGCGAGGACGUUAAGUCGAGUGUUAAGUAUGUUGAAAGUUUACUUCAUGAUAUAUAAAGUUACAUUGUACCUCAAUAUUAGAUUGUUUUUGAUUGCUUUAUAUGCAUUUGUAAGUACCGAUUUGUUUAUUUCAAUAUUUUCAAACAAACAUGAAUUUGCCUUGUGUAGUAACAUAAAAGUAGUUAAUUUUUGUACAUCUAGGUUAAUGCUUCUAUUGUAUUGCUUAUAGUAAGUAAAACUAGAAUUAAUUAGUUAAAAUUUAGGACUUAAUCUUUUGAUACGCCUUUUAUUAUUUUCAAGUAAAACAAUUUUAAAAUGGAUCGUUGACUCUAGCAUUACUUGUAUAAAAUUAGUGCCUUAAGUGCCUCCCAAGUGACCAAAUAUCAGAUGAUAUUAUGUAGAAUAAUAAUGUUGUGGUUUAUAAUAAAAAUUGUGUUUGAAUAA